AUGCUUGAUCAGAUUGAAGAAGACUUAGAUGGCAUGAAGGCAAAAGACCUAUCAAAGGCACUGGCCCUUGAAGUUGCCAUGAAGACUGAACUUUCAGAGUCUUUGACAGCAGUCAUCACAGCAGUUCAAGUUAUCUUCACUGGCAUUGUCAUCAUCUUUAGAAGUUUACAAGACAUGAAGACUCUGCUAGUUAGAAAGAAUGAUGUAGCAGCCACUCUCAUCAAUGCUUAG